AUGCUGCACCACGGACUCACCGCCUGCGUGGCACUGCUCAUGGCCACGGGGGCGGCUGCCUCGCAGCCCAUGGAUAUCGUCGACGAUGUCCGCCGGGACUUCAAGAUGGGGGUGUACCCACGGGCAACGAACAACUUGCAAGCCUUCAGCGGUGCUCUCGGUGGCGUUGCCGCCUCUGCUAUUACGCAGUCGAGCAACAAGGAGAGGCCGUUUGAGGUUGACGGCGAUACCUUUCCUGACUUCGCGACUGCGGCCAACAGGGCUUGCGACAACCAGCACAACAAGUGCGCCGAGGUGGCCAACAGCAAGCAGGGAGGGGGGCUGAAGGUCAGCGACUGUGACCAGCAGACAAACAAGUGCAAGGCCGCUGCGAAUUCGUCGACGCAGCAGGCCUUCCAAGCCGUGAUGAUCAUGUUCUUGGGAAUCGCUUUUCGGUUGGGUUCUCGGGCAGACUGGGGAUGGUUAUGGAUGGAGUUUUGGGAGUUUGCGCUGGUUCAGCGUUGGGGUUUUCAGGGCCCGCAAGGCAGUACUUUAAGCGACGAAUCGAAGGCUUUGAGAGCUGAUAUUGACGAUGCUCUUGGUUCCUCAAAGACGUCUCCUCUACCAUCGUCUACACCUCCACGACCUUGUGCCUCCCCUCAGGACGGCACUAGAGACUGGCAGUCUCGCACUUCACAAUCCCCGAGGUCUCCUGCGCUGUCCACCACAUCGACUGCCGACGGCGAAGCUUCACCCGUCCUUCCUUCUCUACCGGCUCCCAAGCUUCCGGACCGGAUCAAGCAGCUCUUGAAGACACCGCCGAGGGACCCUGAAGCAGAGGACAGUCGGUACGUGACCGCCAGCUGGGGAUCACCCUAUCCCCAGUCUGAUAAGGCAUUCCGGCGCUCGAGCCUGAGCAGCGGGGCGUCCGAGGACUCGCCGAUCCAUCACUUGGACAUCCACACUCCCUUCCUCCGCCCUGCGCCUUUUAUCGACGAGUCUGGCGAGCACCCAGCCUCGCACAUCAGCGCCGCAGUACUCGUGAAGAGGGCGAAGCGUCCUACGAGGGGUCUGACCGAGGACUGGAUCCGUCAGCACACAGCUGGCGAUUUGGAUUCUGAAGCUCAGCACUGGUUGAGCGACGGCGCGGGUGAGAGCGAGCCCUCUUCAUUGAGUGGAUCAUUCUGCGGCGACGACGCCUUCUCGCAAGAAGACAAGGCUCUGAAAACACCAAGAGCCAGUCAGACUGUGUUUGGAGAUAUUCAUCGACCAGCUCGGCGAUACCUGCGCAAAGCUUCCAGCAGCGAGACAUUGCGGCAGUCAGACAUCUUCCGUCUGCCAUCCCACCAACCAGCCAAGAUGUCGAAUUCUGAUGCUGAGAAUGUGGCUCCGGCCGCAGGCGACGAGCAUUCUCACGGCAACACCAUUGGGAGGCCUUCGACGCCCAAGAAGCCCACACAGCCUCUACAGAAUGGUACCCCCCGCGGGGCAAGCAAAGUCGACUUCGACUUGCCUAGGACACCUUCGCGAUCCCCCAAGAAGAAGGAACCAGCGAUGACGCCGCGUCUGAAGAAAAAGGUUCCGUGGAAGGGCAAGAACAUCUUGAUUCUCCUCCCUCUGGACAACCAGCGCGGCCAACCCGGCAAUGCACCCAAGCCUCUGACCCAAGAUGAUGUUCAGGGCAUGUUCCGCUCUUGGGAGGAACUUGGAUAUGACACACGUGGGUUCGACCUGGGCGAGUAUGACAUCCAGACCGAGUCAUCGGGCCCUUCGCAGAGCAGGGGCCCAUUCCCGAGCUUUGAGGACAUGGAUAGAGAGCGCGCUCGACGGAAAUACCAGGUUACAUUGCCUGAUUUGAAUGCGUGGAAGAGGUUCAUUGAGGAACAGACGGAGGCGAAGCUGCGCGCACUGGGCGUUUCGUUCGGUGACGAAGAACCGCCUCUGCCAUCAGUCUCUCCGGGUGCUUCCUCGAUCAGCCGACAGCCGUCGGUGACACAGUACCCGCCUCUGCCCUUCUCACCUCCCAUUCCCACGUCUUCGGCGUCGAGCGUUCAUGGAGCGCAGCAAUUCCCCUUCCCUCUCCCACUCGGAGCCUCCUCCGGCACUCAAAGCCCUGGGAUUCCCUCCAUCGCAUCGCCGGCUUCUUUCAACGGGAAGUACAACCCCCGGCAGUCCAUCUCGAUCCCGGCCGGCGCAUUCCAGCUGCACCAACAGCAACCUUCGCCCCACGGUAUCUCGCCGCAAGCUGUGCUUCUCCAUCAGGGAUUGGCCCGAGGCGGAUCACCGUCGCUUGCUAAUCUCAGUGCGAUGAUGUCGCCAUCUUCACCCUUCUCCCCUGAUGGCUUCCAACCCCCGAUGCACCAGCGGCACCAGUCUUUGCAGUAUCCGCUGCUUCCUCACCAGCACUUUCAACCUCCGCCUCGAGCAUCUCCACGCCUUCAAGAUGUUCACGAAGACGAGGAAGAGGCUCAAAGCAAGAGCCCGUCCAAGACUCCGGAGGCCAAGACGUUCAUUCGGCACAAUGCUAGUGCCAGUCUCCAGAAGGAGAUCGAUGAGGCUGAGUACCACCUGGAAGAGCAAUUCAGGUCCCAACUUGAACAUGAUACGGAUUACAACCCUCACGACGAGAAGGAGGCAGGCGAAAACGCCGCAGAGCGGGAGAAUCAUGCUCGCGAGCCCUCGGUCCAGUUUGCUCCUCCACUGCAGAGAUUCCGAGACGACGCGGAGAAUGGCCCGGUCCUCCACCAUCCUCGUCCCCAUAGCCGCGGCCACUCCUUGGCGAAUAACUACUACACCGAGCCCGAGGAGCAUCGGGACAGUACUGACGAGUGCAGCCUCGGCAAACAAAAGGCCGGUCAAAGCUCCGAGUCCCUUGUCAAGUCAGACGAUGCUUUCGAAAUUGAGACCAACCCAAGCAAUCUCGGUACGCCUCUGCACAACGUGGACUUCGGCAAUGUGCUAGACCAGCACCAACGCUCCUUUUCCACAGCAAGCAAUCCUUGGAGCGAUGCGGUGUCCAUGUCGAGCAAGCAAAAUGGACGCAAGCUAAGCCACGGCAGCAAGGCUUCACUAUCCAAGCUGAACGUCGAGGCCCCAGAGUUCAAGUUCAACCCGGCCAGCUCAACAAGCUUCAAGCCUGGCCAAUUUGUGUUUGGCUCCAACUCAUUCCAGCCUGCCGCCUUCCAGGCUGAACCUUCCUCCAACCCCCCGCUAUCUGCCAACUCGAGCCAGUUCAGCUUCCCAACCGCCACGUCCAAGAUCAACGUCAAUGCGCCAGUAUUCUCGCCUGGCCAGAGCGAGUUCAGCUUCUCGGCUUCGGGACCCAAGUUCAGACCCGAUGCCCCCGCGUUCACUCCGCAUUCAUUCUCCAACUCGGUUUCCAGUGCCCUACAAUCUGGCGCUGAAAGCCCGAGCAACCAGGGCAGCUCGAUUUUCGGCAAUAUUGAUCUAAGUGUGUCCGAGAUUGUCAAGCCAGCCAAGAGAUCCAAGGCCAUUCCAAUUGUUCGGCCGCCGUCCAGCCGCAAGUCCCCUCCAGCAGAGGAGAAGGCCGAGCAGUUCGACCAGGAGGGCCGCCUCACGGACGAAACCCGGACCAAGAGGGCCAGAGCUUCCGUCGAGCCGGACAAUGAUAUUCCUUUGUUCGCCGAACAGCCAACCGCUGCUUCCUUGGAGGCAGAGCUGCUGGAUGCUGAGGACCCUACUGCUCAAGACGAGGAGCACGAGGAUGCGACUGGCGAAGACGCUACCAUGUCGUCGACCAUGGUCUCGGAAACCACAGACGCAAAGGCUGUGACAAGCCCAUCGGAGACAUCCCCUAACCAGAGCUCGAUGACAUGGGCACCGUUUGAGUUCAAGUCACAGCUCGACAUUGCGAAUUUUGACUCUGCUCGGCCUAUGGGUGAUGAUGUUUUCCGUAAGCACAAGAAGUCGCUUUCUGCCACGGCGAAGCCAUUCGUACCUGGUUCAUCAAUCUUUGGUAGCGCCGAGGUGGACGACGCUGCAGACGAAACUCAGGAUGAGACUGGGGAAGACGACAAAGUGUUCGACGAAUUUGUCCAAGAUCCUGAGAUUGCGGAGUCUAUCGAGGUGGAGCCGGAAGCAAUGUCGAUACCAGCGGCGCCCGCGAAAGGAUUGGGUACCUCACGCUUUGCCUCGCCUCCUCCGGCGGGCAAGGGCCUGUCUGGCUCCCGUUACGCCGAGCCGGCUGAACCAGUCGAGCCUCCCAAGCCGCGCGGCCUCGCAGCAUCCCGGUACGCAGCUCUGUCGCCAUCUCCCGAACGGGAACCGUCUCCCGAGGUGCAAGUCGAGCGAUCUGUAUCGCCCGAGGUUGAGGACACGGCAGAUGUCCGUCAGCCUGAACUUGGCGAGGAGGGUGAGGUGACUUUCGAGGAGAUCGACGAUAUCAUGAGGCAUUUGAAUGAGACUGAUCCCACCAAGGGAGUCAACAAGACUAUUGAGCAGCCGCAAUGGCAUCAACCCAGCCCCACAAGGCACAUCGACAUCGCGGCCGUUACAAACGCCUCGCCUCAUCAUUUGGCUCCUCAGCCCAACCUUUUCCGAAGUGACGCUCCCAGCCCCAGCCCCAGGCAAUAUCGCCACCUGCCGGGUGAACCACAGCAACCUAUCGUUUCAGCUGAGCUGGAAGACCCUUUCGUCGACCCGCCCCAGAGCGCCCGGUCCUUUGACGCCCCUGUCACGCAGCUCAACGGCUCUGAAAGCGUACCAGCUAGUGACUGGGAAGGCACUUUCACUGACGAUGAGCAGCUUAAGCUCGAGUCAAGGGUCAACUUUUUCGAUGGGCACGUUAAUGAGGUCGUUGGCAAUCUUUUGGCUGCCAGGCUGGACCCUCUCGAAAAGUCACUGAGCCUUGUCCUGAAUGCAGUCGGCAACAUGUCGCGGCGACCUCUAUCUAGCAGACGAGAUGCGCGUAGUGUGUCGGCUGAAGUCCAGGAAAGCGAUGCGGAUGAUGAGGAUGACGAGGUUCCUGCCCGCCGCUCUAUGAGCCCACGGAGAGACAAGAGAAUGGAGCAGAUGCGGAACGUCGUCCUCGAGGCGCUUGCCUCCCAGCAGCAGCAGCAGCAGCAGCGCAACGUUGCCCCCACUACUCAGGAAUCUGCUCCUGGUGAGACAGUUGAGUCUCUCCUGAAGACAAUGAACGAGAUGAGAGAUCAAUUCAGCCAAUCUUUGCACCUCGACUUCCGUGGCGAGGAUCUCAGAAACAUUGUCGAGGAGGCAGUAGAGCGCCGGAUGCCCCCGACACCGCAACCCGUUGUUGUCCCAGGCCAAGACGAGCUUGCCGAGAAAUACAAUGAGUUGAUGACCAAGUUCGCCGACCAGGAGCAUCAACUACACCUUGCGCAGGAGAAGGUGGAAGCCGAGACCAGGUCGAGGCGAGCAGCUGAGGAUGAAACGGCGGAAAUGUGCCGGAAGCUUGAGCUCGCCGAGACCAAGAUCGAGGUCGAGAUCAUGAAUCGCAGUGCCUUUGACCAGCGCGUGGCUGACCUCGAGGAUCGACUGAAGCAACAGGAGUCCAGGACUGAAGAGGAGGUCAAUGGUCGCCGCGUUGCCGAAGACAGACUCGCUGAGAACCAGCGGCUGCUCCGGAUAUCGUCCGAGGAGGAGACGCGUCUUCGGGAGAUCCUGGAGGAGAAGGAUCAGAAGCUCAAGACGAUUGAGGAGAACCGUGGCAAGAGCAGCAUGCGGCUGACGCUCCUGGAGCAGGCGCAGACCAACAACCAGAAGACCCAGAGCGACCUGCAGAACCGGCUCAAUGUCGCAGAGGUUGACCUUCGGGACACUCGCCAAGAGGCCCGCCACUGGAAGUCUGAGGCCGAACGUGCUAUCGACCUCUCCCAAAGACAGGGCGACGACAUUGUUCAGGUUACCGGCGAGAACAAGCAUCUCAAGAAGGUUAUCGACACCCUCGGUACCCAGUUGGAGGAGAACGAGCGCCUCCGGGACAGUUGGCGCCAGAAGUUUGUCGCUCUCCAGGAAGACAUGUCGAGGGCGGCUCGUGAGGUUGCCGAGGAGAGCGCCCGCAGAAUUAAGAAGGAGCAGGCGCUUGUUGCCCGACAAGAGGUCCUCGACGCCAAACUCCAGGCCGAGGCUAAGACCCGUGAGCGUCUGGAGGAGGAGCUCGAGAGACUCGAGGGCGGCGAGAGGCAAGGAAUGCGUGCCGUCAACGAGUGCAAGCGUCUUGAGGCGCUCAUCGGCGAGCUUCGCACCGAGAACCACAAGCUGCAGCAGAGCAGCCUUCGCUACCAAGCCGAGUUUGAGCAGGCCCGGGAGUCUGGCGCUCGUGAGGUGCAGCGUACGCGUGAUGCGAUGCAAAGCGAGAUCGAGGACGCGAACCAUCAGGUCAAUGUGGUUCGUGAUGACUACGAGGACCAACUUGCGAGACUUCGCUCGCAGCUCGACCAAGUCAAGCUUGACGCUGACACUGCCAAGGCUCGUCACGAAAUGCUUCUCGAGGACGCGGAGUCGUCCAAGAAGAAUGAUCUCGAGGAGCUUGCUCGCAGACACCAGAAUGAAAUGGAGGACAUACAGGCCCGCUACGACCGUCAAGUCAACAAUCUUACGGAGGAUGCCCAGCGGUCGGAGCAGAAUCUUUUGGAGCGCCUGAGCAUCUCUACCUCCAAGACGGAACACCUGCAGGACCGUGUUGCUCACCUCGAGGAGAAGCUCGAGAUCGCCAAGGAGGCCGCUUUGGCUGCCGCCAAGGCCGCCAAGUCGCCUGUAUCAGAACUACCUCUCCAGCCGGCCCCCGUUGUUCAAUCCAAGCCAGCCGUAUCCCGCGCUAUGGAGCUGCCCGAGAAGAUCUCGCCGCAAGCCCUCCGGGAGUCAAUCAUGGUUCUUCAGGAGCAGCUACAGGCCCGUGAGCAGCGUAUCGAGGAGCUCGAGCAUGAAAAUUCUCUGCUCGAUGCAGACGCACCCACCAAGAUCGCUAAGCGUGACGAUGAGAUUGUCUGGUUGCGUGAGCUUCUUGCUGUCAGACACUCUGAUCUCCAAGAUAUCAUCGCCGCUCUUGGGCGUGACGACUACGACAGGAAUGCAGUCAAGGACGCGGCCAUUCGCCUAAAUGCGAACUUGCAAAUGGAGGAGCAGGAGCGCGAGAGGGCCAUGAACGGUGGCUCGGCCAUCAACCUGCCCAACAUCGCCGCCACUAUUCGCGAUGCUGCAACGCCCAGGGUCGCCCAGGCUGUCGGCCCUCUGGCUGCCGCGUGGGGCAACUGGCGAAAGUCUCGCGAUCCCAACGGCACCAUGGGGAGCAUCUCGAGCGUCCUCAACUCUCCCGCUUCAGGGCACCACCACCAGUCCACGCCGUCUAAGAGCAGUGCGUCGGGACAACAAGGUCUCUGGGGCCUGCUGACGCCGCCCACAUCGGGAGUGCGCCAGACCCCUCCCUCUGGGCAGGUCCAUCAGCCAACGGCCUUUGGCGCCACCGGCCGCCGACACAGCAGCCAGCCGCUGGCGAGCCAGUCGACUGGCCCUCGCGGCUCGUCGAUGACCCCGAGGCGAGAGGAGAAGAUGCCCGUCAUGCGCUCGACGCCGCCUCGGAAGCAGAGCCGGGCGCCGCAGCCGAUGACGCCUCCCAUGAUGGGGACGAGCGGUUACGAUUCCGACGCUCACACCGGGGACUUUGACGACGCGGGCUUCUUUGAAGACGACUAG